AUGGUGCUCUUCAAAUACUCGCCCCAGCAGCUUCUCAACCUCAUCUCUUUCUCCACUCCAACCUGUCUUACAGACAUUAAAUCCCUUGGCCUUCUACGUCGUCCUCGUUUUAUCCACAGAGCACAGAAACAAAAGUUUGUUUACUCCAGCCACGCCGUCCCCACAGUCCACCCAAACGACUACUUCACACUAAAUCAAGCAACCCCACCUGGCUAUGUGUAUAUCCAAAAACCUCGCACCACUGGUCCCGGUGGGGGGCUGGCCGUGAUAUAUAGAGAAGAUUUCCAGGUUAAGGAGCUACCAGCACCCAGCACCUCAGCUCUCGAGUGUCUAAUCAUCUCUCUCACUGGAUCAGCUCUGCUUCAGAUCGUCCUCAUCUACCGGCCUCAAAAAGGAACUACCACCUUUCUGUCUGACCUGUCUGAGCUCCUCACCUCUGUCUGCUCCAGGUCUUCUUCCAUACUUCUCCUUAGAGACUUCAAUAUCCACGUUGACUCCACCAGCUGCACACUCACCUCCGAAUUUCUAUCACUACUGGACUGCUUCAACAUCACACAGCAUGUCCAAGGACCCACCCACUCCAAAGGUCACACACUAGAUCUUGUGUGCUCCACUGGUCUCACCCCAUUCAUUCCACAAUGCCUGGACCUAGCCAUCUCAGAUCACCAUGCUGUUUUCUUUUCCAUCCCCACCCCCCUCCCCAGACAGCUUACAAAACGCAACAUCACUUUCCGCAACCUCAAGUCAAUAAGUAUCCCAGCCCUCAAGAACAUGUUAGCUACCAACCUGACCACUACACACACUAUAACCACAGUUGAUGCCCUGGCAAAUCACUACAAUACAGCACUAUUCCUCAGCCUGGAUUCUCUCACCCCUCUGAAGACUCGCUCAGUCUCCUUUACCCACCCAGCCCCCCGGUACACUGCUGAACUCCGCUCCAUGAAGGCUUCUGGCCGACAGCUGGAGAGACUUUCUAAAAAUUCUGGCCUCACCGUCCAUCUGGAGGCCUAUAAAGACCAUGUGAGCUCCUACAAAGAAGCUCUCUCCAGAGCAAAGUCCAGCUACUACUCAUCCCCCAUCAGUGACCAGCAAAACCAUCCCCGGAUGCUCUUCUCCACAAUAAAUCGCCUUCUCUGCCCCAUUGACAGCCUUCAUCCCCCAGCCAACUUCGACCGCUGCACUGGGCACCUGCAGUUUUUCCAGGAUAAAGACACCGCUCCUCCGCCUCACUGCCGUCUUUCCUGCUUCACACCUGUGGACCCUCUCCAAGUGACCGAAUGGGUCAAGAAGGCCAAGGCAUCCACCUGCUCUGUCGACCCCAUGUCUACACCACUGGUGAAAGCAUCUCUGUCUGUUCUGUGCCCCAUCAUGGUAGACAUCAUCAACACCUCAUUAUUAUCUGGAAUUGUCCCCUCAUCCUUUAAAACUGCCUCAGUAACCCCCAUCAUCAAGAAGCCCGGGUCAGACCUGGAGGACCUCUCCAACUAUCGACCGAUCUCCAACCUUCCCUUCAUCAGCAAAAUUCUCAAAAAAGCAGUCGCUGCCCAACUCCAGCAACACAUGUCCAACCAUGAGCUCCAUGAACCUCUUCAAUCAGGAUUUCGCACUCACCACAGCACUGAGACCACCCUUAUCAAAAUAAUCAAUGACCUCCUCACAGCUGCAGAUUCUGGACACAUCAGCCUCCUCAUUCUCCUUGACCUAAUCGCUGCCUUCGACACAAUAUCCCACACCAUCCUUCUUGACCGCCUGUCUCACCAUCUUGGCAUCACUGGUACAGCUCUCUCCUGGUUUCACUCAUAUCUUUCACAAAGAAAACAGUUUGUUACCAUCGGCACCUCUCACUCAUCCCCCGCCCCAGUUAAUCAGGGCGUGCCUCAGGGCUCUGUUCUUGGACCUCUCCUUUUCACCAUCUACAUGCUUCCCCUUGGACAGAUUAUUCACAAACACGGUCUCAGCUUCCACUCUUAUGCAGAUGACACCCAGCUCUAUCUCAGCACCAAACCAUCCACUCAGCUCCCUCCCCACUCCCUGGUAAACUGCCUCCAUGACAUCAAAGCCUGGAUGACAUCUAACCAACUCAAACUCAACAGCAAUAAAACAGAGGUGGUAGCCCCCAAAGCGUUGCUGCAGAAGGUUGGAGAUCUCAUGCUCGAUGUGGACAGGACCUCCAUCUGUCCGUCCUCUGAGGUCCGAAACCUGGGCGUCAUCCUGGACUCCACCCUCUCCUUCCAGUCCCACAUAAAGUCUGUCACCAAAUCUGCCUUCUAUCAUCUCAAGAACAUCUCCAGACUCCGACCAUCACUCCCUGAUUCUGUGGCUGAAACACUCAUUCAUGCUUUCAUAACCUCCCGCCUGGACUACUGUAACGGAGUCCUGUCUGGAGAUCCCAGCAAAACCCUGGACAGGCUUCAGUACGUCCAAAACUCUGCAGCUAGAGUUCUCACCCGCACUAGACCCCGGCAACACAUCACUCCGACCCUCAUCCACCUCCACUGGCUCCCUAUCAAGUCCUGUAUCAACUACAAAGUCCCCCUCCUCACAUACAAAUCUCUCCAUGCUCUGGCUCCCCAGUACCUUUCUGAUCUCCUCCAUCCAUACACACCAUCCCGCAACCUUUGAUCUUCAGACCAUGGCCUACUUUCCAUGCCCAAAACUAAACUCCGAACCUUUGGAGACAGAGCCUUCGUCACGUUGACACUUGCCAGCGGAAGGGGUUCAGUGAGAGUCUGUGUUUUGGUCCUGGUGGACCUCAGCUUCUUGUCAGAGGGGAGGGCCUCAAAAGUCCAUGUCUGGGGUGAGAGGGGUCAGCUGAAAAUUUACCUGCAGGCCUCAGAGUCCUGGAGGUGUACAGGUCAUGGAGAGAUGCUGGUGUACAGGGAGAAGAGCAGAGAAAGAACGCAGCAUUGGGGGGAGCUGGUGCUGAUAGUUCUGCUGUCAGAGACAUGUUUCCUCAGCUUCACCUGCUGCUUCCUAUGGGACAAGAAGUCUGUGAUCCACCUGCAGGUGGAGUCAGGAAUGUUCAUCUGGGAGAGCUUGUCCUGGAGCAGAGCCAGGGUUAUUGUGUUUAAAGCAGAGCUGAAAUUCACAAACAUUUAA